GUUGAUAUGGCAGUGUUAGACUUUAUUUAUAAGUUUGUACGUUGAAAAUGUAGCAAUUAUUUUUGUGACUUACAUCACUGUUUUGAAAAUGGUAGAAACAGAAGAGUGAAAAAUAUUUCAGAUGACAGUUGGAUUCUGUCAAAAUGGAUGAUUUGUAUGAAGAUAGUUUAAAGCUUCGUGACAUGAUUGAUUCUGAUAUAAGAAGUUUAAGGCAGGAAGAUGAUGACUACUACAUUGAAAGUUACUCAUCUCAUCUUGAUUUUAAUUCUCAUAUGAACCCUUUAGAAUCGACCUUAGAUUCUGAUCUGUCUGUUGAUAUAAAAACAGGUUGGUUAGAUGCGUCAUUUCUAAAUGGCAGUAGUGAUUUUGACAGUGCUGGCGCCUUGAUGGUGAAUCCUCGAACUGGUCUUCCUGUGUCAAUGUCUGAUUCAUCUUGUUCAUCUGUGUCAUCUAUGGUGGAAAGUCCUAUCAUGCCAUCAGAAAGUCAUGAAUCUUCAUCAGUUUCUACAUCAGGUAAUAUUUCUGUUACAGUACCUGUUCAGGUUGUUGCAUCAAGUACUGUAGGUUCAUCAGAAAUGACAGAUGUGAAUUUGACAGUUGCUGUGCCAACUCCGUCCCCUAGCCCGCACAAUUCAUCACAAAAUCAUUUGUUUUCGGUACAUGAUGAUACCAGUCAAGAUGAAUUUGAAAGUCCCAAACCAAAAUCUAAGAACAAAAGUUCCAGAUCAAACCAUCAUGCCAAUAAUGAAAAUGUUUACCCUAAACCAGCAUACUCGUAUAGUUGUCUGAUUGCCAUGGCAUUGAAGAAUAGUAAAACUGGGAGUUUACCUGUGAAUGAAAUCUACGAUUUUAUGACUGAAAAUUUUCCAUAUUUUAAAACUGCGCCAAAUGGUUGGAAGAAUUCAGUUCGCCAUAAUCUCUCAUUAAACAAGUGUUUUGAAAAAAUUGAAAAACCUGCUGGGAAUAGCACACAACGAAAAGGUUAUUUAUGGGCAAUGAAUCCUGCAAAAAUUGAAAAAAUGGAAGAGGAACUUCAGAAAUGGGGCAGUAAGGACCCGGCUGCUAUCCGAAAAAGCAUGGCAAAUCCAGAGCGGUUAGAACUCAUAGAAAAGGGAGAAUUAAAGAAUUCAGAGAGUGACAGUGAAAUUGAAAAUAUGAACAUAUCAUCAAUAGAUGAAGAGGAAAACUAUCCCCAAGAAGAAAAAGAAAAUGAAAUGAAAGUUCAAGUAAAUAGUUUGGGAAAUGAUCUCUUGAAUGGUGAUUUUUCGUCACUUGGUGAAUCAGUGAAUAUUGACCCUUGUCUUUCUGAAUUGGAUAUGCAGAAAGGCUUUUGGAAUGAUUUUAGUGACGAUAGAUUGCAGUUUCUCAAUGACAGCCCCAUAAGUCCUCUUUCACCGAAAAAUUCUGAAACAAUGGAUGAUGACUCAUCUUUAGAUUCUACUCCGUCCUUACAGAAGCCCUAUAUGCAGGCUAACUUCAUCUACAAAAGUGCGCAACGUGCCUCCACUUCCAGUGUUUCCAGUAAUCGGUUCUUGAGCAAUUCCAGCCUGUCAGGCAAAGAUAAGGGCACAGCGUGUAAUGUAUGAUAUUGAACUAAUUAUAAUGCUCUGCUCAGUAAUGUUUUAAUUUUGAAUUUUUUUCUCUCCUUUUUUGAAU